AUGCAGACUCCUGGCAUCGGACUGCUGAUGGCAGUGGCAGUGGUGGAAUUUCUCAUUGGCCUGGUUGGAAAUGGAGUCCUCGUGGUCUGGAGUUUUAGAGAAUGGGUCGGAAAAUUCAAGGGGUCCUCUUAUAACCUCAUUGUCUUGGGCCUGGCUGGCUGCCGAUUUCUCCUGCAGUGCCUAAUUAUGGUGGAUUUAAUCCUGUUUCCGCUUUUCCAGCACAGCCACUGGGUUCGCAAUCUCAAUGUCUUCUGGGUCGCGGUCAGCCAAACCAGCCUGUGGUUUGCCACUUUCCUCAGUGUCUUCUACUGCAAGAAGAUCACAACCUUUGAACACCCUGCCUACCUGUGGCUGAAGCAAAGGGCCCAUUGCCUGAGCCUCUGGUGCCUUCUGGGGUGCCUCCUGAUCAACCUGUUACUUGUAGCUGAUGUUGGCUUAAAGCUCCAAAGUCCUUCCCAAGGAAACGUCAGCAUUCUGUACCCUUUUGCAAGCUGGCACUAUCUGCGCAUAUUACAGCUCAAUGCAGGAAGCUGGUUGCCUUUCACGGUGUUUCUUAUAUCCUCUUGGAUGCUGAUUGCCUCUUUGUGUAGACACCACAGGAAGAUGAAGGUCUACAUGGCUGGCAGGAGGGAUGCUCGGGCCCAGGCUCACAUCACGGUCCUGAAGUCCUUGGUCUGCUUCCUUCUCCUUCACAUAGCUUACGUUGUGGCCGCCCCCUACUCCAUCACCUCCAAGUCUUCCCCUGCUGAUCUCUUCACUGUCUUCCUCUCGGAGACAUUCAUGGCUGCCUAUCCUUCCCUUCAUUCUGUCAUAUUGAUCGUGGGGAAUCCCAGGUUGAAGCAGGCUUGUCAGAGAACCCUGCGGAAGAUUGCAUGGGCCUGGAGGUCCUGGGGCCCAUGA